CUUAGAUUCCUCGUUCUCCAGCCCCAGCCAAAGCAAGAGAUCUGCGGCUGAGUGGCUGUCGGGGAGAGAGCCAUGCAGGAAGCAGAGAACGUAACGGGGAUUCGGUUCUCGUGGAACAUCUGGCCGUCGAGCCGUCUGGAGGCGACCCGCGUGGUGGUGCCCCUGGGCUGCAUCUACACGCCGCUCAAAGACUGUAUCAACCUGCAACUGGUGGAGUACGAGCCCGUCAGGUGCCGGAGCAGCGGCUGCGUCCUCAACCCCUUCUGCCCGGUUGAUUUCCGCACCAAGGUCUGGACGGACCCCUUCAGCCUCAGCAGAAACAACUUCCCGCCACACUAUGCUGAACACAUCUCCGAACAGGUACCUCCACACCAUCCCAAGACAAGACAGACAGAGCAUAUCUGACUCACGUUGGUCCCUUCUCUGUGUGGCGUGUCUGCAGAAUUUGCCGGCAGAGUUGCUGUACCAGAACAUCGAGUACAUCUUGCCGCACCAUGCGGGAGGCGUCACCUCCACGCCCGUGUUCCUCUUUGUCGUCGACACGUGCAUCAUCGAGGAGGAACUGGAGCAGCUCAAGGAUGCACUGCAGCAGGUGCAGAUGGCCACACCCACACAUGACGCAGGCACGUAUCAGGAGUCCUCUGGUGUAUGCAUUUCUUUCUCAGUCGCUGAGUCUGAUGCCCCAGGAGGCCAUGGUUGGCUUGAUCACAUUCGGCACCAUGUGCUACGUGCACGAACUGGGUACCAUGAUGGAUGGGUGUGGAACUUUGGACCUGCUGACUGCGGGUGUCUCGCACGUGCUGCUGUUUGUGUCGAUCAGGUUUCACUGAGUGCCCCAAGUCGUAUGUAUUUCGCGGCAACAAGGAGGUAACGGCACAGCAAGUCAGCUAUCAACUGGGGUUCGCAGUCCGAAACGACCCGAGGUAUGCGUCUGGGGUCAUUUCUCAUCGGUCGUCUCACUCGCUGCCCGUUGUUCCCUGUCUGUAUGUGCCUCAGGGGUGUUGCUGCCGCGUCGGCGUCGCGUCGUUUCCUGAUGCCUGUGAGUGAGUGCGAGUUUACGGUGACGUCCAUCUUGGAUGACCUGCAGAAGGACCCAUGGCCGGUGGCCACCGAUCACAGGUAAGAUGAGAGGGGGGCGCACCAACGGGCGGCAAUUGGUUGGUUGGAUCUCUGCUGUCUUGUGCUUGCCCGGGUUCAUCCACCAGGGCCCAGCGUUGCACUGGGGCUGCCUUGUCCGUUGCUGUGGGGCUGCUGGAGACGUGCUGCAACCAGUCCAGCGGACGGGCAAUGCUUUUCAUCGGAGGUAUGUUUCCAUGUGAUAAGACAUGCGGCGGGUAUCGUGUCCUGUCACAUCAUGCCCACUCUUCCUUGGUACAGGUCCCUGCACGGUUGGCCCGGGUCAGGUGGUGGGUCCGCAGCUCUCCGAGGCCAUCCGGUCUCACCUCGACCUGCAGAGGGAGAACCCAAACGCGAGAUACUCAAAGAAGGCCGUCAAAUACUACACAACGUGCGCACGCAGUCACAGAUGCACAGACAGCGAACCACUUGUUGUCUUUGAUGUCGCCUGCAGCAUUGCGCAGCGUGCGGUGGCGAACGGUCAUGGAGUGGACAUCUUCUGUUCGUCGCUGGACCAGGUCGGGCUGUACGAGAUGAAGGUCAUCUGCGACAAGACCGGCGGCUACAUGGUCAUGUCCGACUCCUUCUCCAUGCACGUAUUCAGAGACUCACUCAAGUAUGCCAGCCGGGCAAGACAGGAGGUCCACGACAGGACGACCUUUGCGGCAAUAUCUCGUUGUUGUGCCGGGCAGGAAAGUGUUUGAGCCCGAUGCGUCUGGCUAUAUCAAGAUGGGCUUCAACGCCAAGACAGAAGUCCUCUGCUCCAAAGACUUCAAAGUCAGUUAUCACUGAUACAUAGUGUAGAUCUGUAUGUAUGUGUCAAGAUGGCGUGAAUGUCUUCAUGUCUGUCAGGUGUGCGGUGCCAUAGGUGCGUGUUCGUCUACUGGCAAGAAGGGCGGGCAGGUGGCGGAGACGACAGUAGGGGAGGGCAAUUCGUGCGAGUGGACCAUCAGCACGCUCGACAAGAACGCGUCCCUCGCAUUCUACUUCGAGGUAAACCAACCGACUGGUCGUUCACAUCAAUCUCUUCACGCCGUCGAUUGCCGUGCACAUCGUCCUGAAUGCAUUUACAUGUCGACAGGUUGUGAAUCAGACUCAGGGGAGUAUGCCCAGCGGGAAGCAGUCCUACCUUCAGUUCCAAACUCUGUACCAGCACCCGUCGGGCAGAAAGAGACUGAGAGUCACCACAAGUAAGACGGACAUGCAAACAAACACCAGGAGAGCACUUUGGAAUGGAAAGGACAUUCAUCUGCAUUUGUGCGCCUUUUACUUAGCCUGCUACCGUUAUGCUGAGCCGAACGUGCUUGAGAUAGCCCCCGGAUUUGACCAGGAGGCCGCGGCUGUCCUCAUGGCGAGGUAGCCAAAGACACAUCGUCACAGAAACGGCACGGACAAGCGCGUGUUUGGGUAUCGUCAGGUUGGCUGUUUUCAAGACGGAGACCGAGGAGCCCCUAGACGUGCUGCGGUAAAGCCAAACAAAGAUGGAAACUGCCUUCCUCCCACGAGAGAUUUCUCUGUGGGCGUCUGCGACUAUUUGCUGUGGUCAGGUGGCUUGACCGUAUGCUGAUUCGUCUGGUGUCCCGUUUCGCUGACUAUCGCAAGGACGACACGAAUUCGUUCCAGCUGUCGCCAGAGUUCUCCAUCUACCCCCAGUUCAUGUACCACCUCCGGAGGUCACACUUCCUGCAAACCUUCAAUGCAAGGUCAGUGAUAGAGACACGUGGCUGUCAAGGGCAUACGUCCUUCCUGCUGUCUGCCUGUAUGCGCGCGUAGUCCUGACGAGACGGCUUACUAUCGCACCAUUCUGUUGCGCGAGGGCGUGAUGAACUCGCUGGUCAUGAUACAGCCCGCGUUGCUGCAAUACUCGUUCGAGGAAGGUAUCCAGAUGAACCACCACGCAGCAAGGAUGCUUCCCCAUGCAUACGCACCCGCCGAUGUCUCUCAGGUCCGCCGUGUCCCGUGUUGCUCGACGUGCAAUCGCUCAAGCCAAACGUCAUCCUCCUGCUGGACUCGUUCUUCCAUGUAGCCAAAAACACAUCACAUCGCAUCCAUGGAAUGGCAUCUCUCCCUCUCCUGUGUACGUGAAUCAGAUUGUGAUAUGGCAUGGCGACACCAUUCACGCGUGGAAGGAACAGAACUACCACGACAACCCAGAGUACGAGAACUUCAGGCAGCUACUCAUGGUGAGGGAGCGACCAGACACACGAUGCAGCCGCCAGAUGUUUUUUCCUUUGGGUCCGUCUGCGCAGGCGCCAUCGGAGGACGCGAAGGCCAUCCUGGAGGACCGCUUCCCCGUGCCCAAGUUCAUCCAAUCACAUGCAGGAGGAAGCCAGGUGACACGGCAGGAGAAGCGCUAAUCGUCGUCCGAUGGGCUUGCUGGGAUCGCCUCUCUCUCCCAUGUACACAGGCUCGUUUCCUGCUGGCCAAGGUGAAUCCAUCCGCCACGCACAACACGCUGUCUGGAGCUGGAUUCGGAAGCACGCCCACAGACGGAUCGAUUGUCAUCACUGGUAUGCACGCAUGGGAGACGGGUACACACCUCAGUGAGAAAAAACAAAGUCGGUGGGAAGCCUAAACUAUGAAUGCUGUUGGUUUGCUGUGUGUGCAGACGACGUUUCGCUGAAGGUGUUCAUGGAGCAUCUGGUGCGGUUGGCUGUCACGUCGUGAUAUGAGGGUGAUCGUGCGCCACCCACGGUUGGAAUGCCGAUAAGAUGACCUCUGACUCUAGCUCGGUGCAUGUUGCGCGUUGGGCUUACAAGUGUUUGUGUUCAUUCAAACGCAACGCAAAUUAACCCA